GCCAGAUACCUCGACAUUCCACCACAGCCACAUCUUCACUGUAACAAACGACUACACCAACAGAUCAACAAUAUCUUCUACCUUGCACAUUCAACAAGGUCGACUGGGUGUUGGCAAACUUACAUCACUCACACGAAUCGAAGCUCGACAGAUUUAGCUAUUUGUGGUUGAUGCACUACCGAACCUAAGGUAGGCCGAAAUCGUCGAGGUCGGUCAGACAUCAAGCCACUUGAAUUCGAGAUCGAGUGCCACAAUCACAUCCGUUGAACCGCAUAUCAUUUUCUCGCCACUGCAGGAAGUGAUCAUCUUCCAUCUUGUGAUCCCCAAAAGGUAUACCAAUCUUGUCUUUGCAUCUCACAUUCCUUUCUGAAGUGUGCUGUCCAUCAUGGCUUCCAAGUUGAAGAGAAUGCUGAGCGUCAAGGAACGUAGGGUCUGCCGCAAAUCAAGUGCCCCUAGCUUUGCUCGGCCGGGCUCGCCCAAGCUCCGCUCCGUUGCCGAUCCCGACUACAAGCACAGCUCCGCCCGCCGUACCAUGUCACAGCCCCUCGCCAUGCAGGCCAACCUGGCCGGCCCUGCAAAACUUGAGGCUGUCACUGCUCUUAUGAAGAAGUUGGAAGACGACCUGAAAAAACCCACCCUGCUCCCUCAGCAGCGUGAUGCUGCUCUUGAAGAGCUAAAGAUCUACGGGCGGGACCCUACCAACGCUGAUCCUAUCUUUACACCAGAGGGUAUCGAGAUGCUCACAAGACAUGCCUUCGUAAGCCCGUCCAACUCUACGGCAAGGGCAGCUUUGAGAGUUUUGGCCAACACGAUGUUAUUGAAUCCUAACGCUCGCCAAACAUUUGUUGACCUUGGCUACGAGGACCAAGCUUGCAGGAGACUGAAGAAUGACAGCUUCGACGAUGAGUUCCUGGUCUCCAGAGUCUUGUUCCUCACCACCUACGGAACGAAAAUCGAUCUUCUUGCUCUGAUUCAGAAACACAGGUUGGCCGAUAUCGUGAUUGAGAAUCUUUCCAAGCACCAAAAGCGCUUGGGAAGUUCCCAGACCCAUGUGUCAGCCGAUCCUAUGGAAGACAUGGCGCUCAACGAGACUCUGAAGCUACUUUUCAACGUCUCGCAUUUCUGCCCCUCGGAAGUGGCGGCAUUCACAGGCGCCAUUCCACACAUCAUUGCACUACUUUGGAAGCAUGACAUUCCCGAAGAUAAACCCCUCGACCCACCAUUCAAUACCCUUGUCAACGCUUUGCUGGAUCUCAAGUUGGAGGACAAAGAUGUCCAGGGGGCGCUUUAUCCCAAGACUGAACCCGCAAAGGUAGCGGAUCGUUUUAUUGAGAUACUAGACGCGGCUCUGAAGGCAUAUCCCGAUAAUGAACUGGAGCAGCUGGUAACGCCGCUUAUAGGUGUCUUGCGGCGUGUGCACGAUGGCGCUCCUGACGGUGCCAAGACGUCUAUUAGGAAGAAGCUUCUUCCCACUGAGCAGGACAGAAAGGAGGUUCUUGGCCGCGGUACCUCAUUGACGUCGCGCUUGUUGCGCAACUCCACCAACCCCCUGACUCCUCAUCUUCGGGAGGCCAUCUCCCAUCUUCUCUUUGACAUGUCAGACAAGGAUGCUUCAAAGUUUAUUGAGAACGUCGGCUAUGGCUUUGCAUCAGGCUUCCUGUUCCAGAACAACAUUCCCAUCCCUGCCAGUGCUGCCGAAGCGUUCAGCACGGGCGAGGAGCAGCGGCCCGUCAACCCCAUUACAGGACAGUUCAUAGACAAGGAAAAACACGUUGAACUUCCGGAGAUGACAGAAGAAGAAAAGGAGAGAGAGGCAGAGAGACUAUACGUCCUGUUUGAAAGGCUCAAGAAGACAGGUGUCGUUGAUAUCCAGAACCCUGUGGAGCAGGCGGCGAGGUCAGGGCAACUUCAUGACUUUGGUGAUAAGCGAGUGGAGGAGCUUGACGAUUAAGAUGGAGCAUAGCAUAGGGACGGGUUGAACUUGUCAGAGAAUAGCAUACGUGCAUCAGGCAUUGGCGUAGUCAUUCAAGGUACCUUAGCUUGACACAA